AACACCACGCGCCUCAUGGAAGCCGCCGAGGAGCGCCCCCUCUGCCCUGCGCACCCACGAGCAGCAGAAGAAGCCGCCGAAUCCGCCGACCAGGAGGAUCUGGAUCUGGAUCUGCACAGUGACCGGGAACGGGAACGCCCCCUGGGGCUGUGGGAGGGCGUCACGUCGCUGAGCAGUCGCAAGCGCCAGCUGAGCCGCUUCCACCCGUACCACGGUUCCAACAUUCAGCUGGGAGACGACGCCACCGUGGCCUACCGCAGAGCAAGCUUCGCCGAUGCCCUGACCUUCUCGGAACGCCCUCUGGCCCCCGGCGACAUCUUCCUGGUGGAGAUCGAGAAGAUAGAGCGCGGUUGGUCGGGUCACAUGCGCCUGGGCCUCACCGAACUGGCGCCCAAUGUGAUCCGCACCAGCAGCGAGGGACUGCCCCACUUCGCACUGCCCGACCUGGCCAACCUGGGCAACAGCUGGAUCUACCCGAUCUCAAAGUUCGAGAUGAACCAGCGCCAGGAGGCGAACGACAUCAUCGAGCCGGAGACAGACGACGAGCCACACAGAAACCUUCUGGGCGACGCCACGCACGUGAGGACGCCUCGCGGGCUGCUACCAAAGAGACUUCUGCGCCCGGCGAUGGGCAACGGAAACGACUCGGACAUCCUGCUCACGGACAGGGGCUCCCGCAUCGGCAUCAUCUAUGUGCCCACGGUGCACAGCGCAUCGAAGGGCGAGCUGCACUUCAUCAUCAACGGGGUGGACCGUGGCCCCGUCUCGCGUGACAUUCCGCUCAACAGAGCGCCCCUGUUCGUAGUCAUCGACGUGUACGGCACCACGAAGCAGAUCAGAAUCAUCCAGUUGGAGGGUAUCUUGUCCCUGCAGAGCGCCUGCCGCAACGUCAUCCUGGAAAACUUCGCAGAGGACGCGAUCACCGAGCUGCCGCUGCCAGAAAGCAUCAAAAGAUUCCUGCUGCGCCGCGACUAGAGCCCUCGGACCAUGAGCUCUAUGCAAUAGGGCCCAGUGUGUGUGAAUGAGAGAUGCGUGUGUGAGGGUGUGUGCAUAAGCCUGGGUCGUGAUAGUCUGUUUACCCAUAUAUAUUUUAUACGCCUGCAGCAACCUGCCCGUUCAUUGACCCCCGACUCCCGGCGGGAUUGGGCGAUCCCCGCUAGAAGGCGCUUAUAUAUUUGUACUUUCUGUAGAUAUAUUUUGUACUUUGGUUCGAGUUACCAGUUCAAUACACAGCUCACCCUAGACGAUACUAUGUUGUGAAACAUAAUCCUCGCCAGUGUUUGAGUAAGUGUAGUUCAUAGAGCGACAAAUGGAGAUCUCCUGGCCGCCCUGCCUUUAAGCGUUUCGGUCCCGGUCCCCAAGGCGAUUUCCGUUUCCAUUACCUCCUAAGUAUAUUGUUGCUAAAUGUAAGUUAAGUCCACGUAAUAAAGGAUCGAUCAAAGUA